CGGGGCAUGGCGACGCGAACAAACCAUAAAUUACCAGAAAGAGUGUCCAAAUAGCCAAAAUAGCCACAUUACACGUACGUAGUAGGCUGAGGGUUGAUACUGAGAGCACACUAAAUGAUACAUAUCUAACCAAAAAAAGAAGACGGAACAUAAAAAUUAAUGGUCUGAAGAAUGACAGUAACAAGAAAGUCGAAGAUAUUAUUUGUUAUAUAUUAAUAACAUUAAUAAUAGUUUUAAUGUGAAAAUUUUAUCGAGUAUUUGCAUUAUUAUAAAUGCGACAAAAUGGGAGGCGGAGAUUUGAAUUUGAAAAAAUCAUGGCAUCCAUCUACUAUGAAGAAUAUGGAGAAAGUAAGGAAAGCAGAACAACAAAAUGAUCAAGAGAAUAAAAGAAUAGCCGAAUUGAAGAAGGAGAUUGAAAUAGAGAAAGAUUUGGAGGACAUAAAAAAAUAUGCUAUAGAACAAGGCGUGUUAGAAAAGAAGGACGAUAAAAAAUUAGACUGGAUGUAUAAAGGACCAAAUCAAAUGAUUAACAGAGAGGAGUACUUAUUAGGAAGACCAGUUGAUAAAGCUUUUGAACAAAUGCAACAGGCAGUAAAAGAUACAGAACUGAAUAGGAUGCCAAAAAAUCAUGUUGAAUAUGAAUGUAUUCCACCUUCACUACGAUUUUUCUCUGGUACUGAACAAGUGGAUCUGGCUAGAAAAAUACAAGAAGAUCCUCUAUACGCCAUAAAGAAGAAAGAGAUGGAGAGUAGGAAUCAACUUUUAAAAAAUCCUGUUAAAUUAAAACAACUUAAAGAAUUGCUCGAGCAACAAUCGUGCAAAGAUAAAAGUGAAAAGAAGAAAUCGAAGCAGAAAGAUAGUAGUGAGGAUGAAACUAAAUUGGAUAUUUUAUUAGCUACUAAAUAUAAACAAUUAAAAGACAAUAUCACUGAAAAAAACUUGCUAAAAUCAAUGAAAAAAAUAAAACACAAGCGGAUGAAAAAAUCAAAAAAACAUUAUUAUAAUUCUGAUAGCGAAACAGACAACAGCAAUAACGACAAGUCUAUUAAAAAGAAACGACAUAAACAACGAAAAAAGCGAAAAAGAAGUACAGAUGAUAGCGAUAGUGACAGUAUUGAUAGCAAUAAAAAAAUCAUCAUUAAGCAUAACACGAAAGAUAAAAAAGAAGUAUAUGACCGGAAAUAUUCAAGAAAUGAUACAAGAGUAGAUGAUAGAGAAAAAGUCAAAAAAAGAAACUUGAGCGAAGAUAGAAAAAUAGAAGAUAAAAACUUAAGGUACGGAAGAAAUAAAAAACAAAGAGAAGAAUAUAAUAAGAAUGAUGAUCGACAAUGCGAUAGUAAACAAAGAGAUGGCUCAAGAAAUAAAUACAAUGAUAAAAAAUGUUUAGUAGAGAAACAAAAUGAUACGAAGAAUAGGAAAGAAGAAAAAUAUACACCACACACAAAAUCAAGACCGGGUCUUACAGAAAAGGAGAAGGAACAACGGCGAAAAGAAAUGAUGGAAAAUGCAGUGUGGCGUAAUAAAGAAAGAGAGAAAAAUGUAAAAAUGUAUCGCGAACAAGAGAAGAAAGAAGAGCAAAAUAACAUAUCGAAUAAUAAAGAUUUUAUUAGAAAACAAUUAAUCGUCGUAACAGAAGUGGGUACUGUCGCAUCUAGGAUCAAAGCUAAUAUUAAUAAUAUACAACGUUCCGGACGAGCAAUGGAUACAAAUUUCGUGAAAAGAUGAUUUUUAUCUCCAAUCCUAUUUACUUUGUAGAAUUAUGUAAUUAAAAUUUAUUAUUUAUGAAAAUUACGUAUAUUAAUUUUUAUUAUGUAUAAAAUAAUCUCUAAUUUUUAAUAAUUUUCUCAUUAUUUUGCAAAUAAUGUAAUACAUCCUUAAAUCAACUUCUAAUACUAAUCACAUUGAAUUUUAGAAUAGGAAAGAAGAAAAA